UGUCUUUUAAUGGGCAUAGCGUCAGAUAAUUCUAAAUUUUUGAAUCAUUAACACAGUGGGCAUUGGAGAGGUUGUGUUUUUAACAAGUUUUUUAAUUCUAGAAAAAAUUAACUGUCAGAAAUUUUAAAAUACUAACUGAACUUUUAAAAUACAACAUUUUAUUUUGGACAGAAACAACUAUAGUUAGAGUAUUGUGGUUAAAGAGAAAUAAAAGUAUAUUAGCAGAAUUUUAAACAACUCAUCGUACACUGUAUAUUGUUUGAGAAGCAAUUGAGUGGUAGUUGGUACAGUAUAGCGAGCAUGAGAGGAGAGAAAAUCAGUGAGGCACAAUGAAUACUGUGGGAAGUGUUAGCGAAUCGUUGUAAUUAUUGAAAAUGGAUAAAUUACCAACAUGGCCGUCAACUUUUACUGAAAUUAGUGAAACAAAGCAAAGAAUGGAGGAAUUUACACCAAAUAUGUCUGAGAACUCGGGUGACGGGCCUAUGUCGGAUAUUUCUUCAAUUAGUGGAGAUCAAAGAGUUCCGUCCGUUGGACUGACGAACAAACAACCAACAUACAAUAAUUUUAACAAAUAUAAAACUACGGAACAACUCUUGGAAAUUGAAGAGAGAAAAUUGAAACGUGAACUCCAAAAUGAAAAAAAGAGACAGAAAGGGAGAGAAGAGUAUGAGUUAAAAAAGCAAAGGGAAUUGGAGGAGCAAGAAAGGCAAAAAGAACGAGCUAUAAAAGGGAUGACUUAUUUACUUGGUAAAAGUAAAAUGUAUUCCCAAUUUUUGGGCGAUAAAUUAGAAUCGCAUUUAAAUAAUAAUGCAAAUCCAGAAAGUAAAAAGAAAAUUUUGAAAGAUCGUGUAAACAACGACAACAUUACCAAAAUACCUAAUGAUACCGUUGAAAUUCCAAAAUAUUUUACUGGUGGUACUUUACGUCCCUAUCAAAUAGAAGGUUUAACAUGGCUCAAACUAUUAUUUGAAAAUGGUAUCAAUGGAAUAUUAGCAGAUGAAAUGGGUUUGGGUAAAACAAUUCAAAUAAUUGCAUUUAUGGCAUAUUUAUAUGAGAAAAAUAUUCCUGGACCAUAUUUAAUAAUUGCCCCAUUAUCAGUAACCACAAAUUGGAUGACUGAAUUUAAAAAAUUUGCCCCAAAAUUGCCAGUAAUCUUAUUUCAUGCUGAUAAAGAUGGCAGAAUACUUCUUCGACGUAAAAUUAUGGAACGUUAUGAAAUUGAUGGAAAGCCCGUGAAACCAGUCAUUGUGAUGUCAUAUCAAACUGCUGUGACGGAAGAAACAUUUUUAAAUAAAUUUAUAUAUAGUUACAUAAUUUUGGAUGAAGCGCAACAUAUUAAAAAUUCUGAAUCGCAGCGUUACAAGCACAUUGAUCAUUUACGAAGUGAUAAUCGUUUAUUAUUAACCGGUACGCCAUUACAAAAUAAUUUAAGCGAACUUUGGGCAUUAUUACAUUUUUUAAUGCCUAAAAUAUUUGGAAGUAAAACCGAUACCACAUUCACAUCAGUAUUAAAUUUACAAGAUUUUAAAAAUGUGGACGUGACUGUUGAAAACGAUAAAAUUACAAAUAUUAUCUCAACAAUUCAUGGAGUUUUAAAUCCCUUUAUGUUACGACGUUUAAAAAAAGACGUUCUAAAAGAUAUUGUUCCCAAAAAGGAAUUAAUUGUCUAUUGUCCUUUAUCUGAUUUGCAACGUACUUUAAUCAAAUAUGUCAUCGAAAGAAAUCUAAAUUUACUUACUGGUAAAGAACAAGAGCCAGAAAUCGAUGUAAAUGAGCCACGUAAAAAACGCAAGACAGCAUUAGUUGUUCGGAAUUAUACCGAGCUAGAAUUUACACAGACGACUAAAGAAGACGACGAUGAAUUUAUUAAAUAUCUUGUGAAACAAAAUGAAGUAACUGAAGAAAAUCGAAAAUUAAUGGAAAAACUUAAAGAAAACAAUCAAACAGCCCAGGAUGGUAUUAAAAUUAUUAAAUCUGUGAAUCUAGCAUCACCAUGGAUGGUACUUCGAGAACUCGCAGAUCAUCCAUAUUUACUUCAUAUGCCAACAGUUGAAAAUAAACAAGGCAAACGUGAAAUUAAAGUUGACGAGAAUUUGAUUACAACUUCGGGGAAAAUGCGUGUGUUAGAUUUGUUAUUGCCACGACUUAAGGCGGAAAACCAUAAGGUUCUAAUUUUUAGCUGUUUUGUAAUGAUGUUAGAUAUUGUCGAAGAAUAUUUAAUAUAUCGAAAUUAUACUUAUGCAAGGCUUGAUGGUGCAAAAAAAUUGGAACAACGUAACUUUCAGAUUGACAAAUUCUGUGGAGAUCAAGAAACUUUCAUAUUUUUAAUAUCUACUAGAGCGGGGGGUGUUGGACUAAAUUUAGUGGAAGCUGAUACGGUUAUAUUUAUGGAUCUUGAUUGUAAUCCACAAGUUGAUAUACAAGCUCAAGAUCGCUGUCAUCGUAUUGGGCAAACAAAGCCAGUAAUGAUUUAUAAAUUUAUAUCUAUGGAUACAAUUGACGAAAGAAUUUUAAGCCGUGGUGAAAUGAAGAAACGCCUCGAAAAAUCGAUCAUCACAAAUUGCCGAUUAAGUGAAACAAUGUAUAAAAGUAAUAUCUCUUUAACUAGAGAUGAUCUUCUACAAUUAUUAAAAUCGGUAGAAACCACCAAGGAAAUUCGUUCUACUAGUUCUAAUAAACAAGUGUUAUCGCCACGUGAACUUAACCAAUUAUUAGACCGAAGUGAUUUAUAUAAAGAAUUAAACGAACGAUUAGAUAAAAUUAAUGAAAAUAACAAAAAAUAAUUAACGUUGGGCGCGAAUUAUUUUUUUAAUUUUUACUCGUUUUUUUUUUUUGUAUUGAUUGUUAUUUAAUAUAUUACAUAAUUUUAAUAAAUAGGCACACACGUAAUUUAAUUAUUCAAAGAUAGAGAGUAAAUAAUAUUUUUGUUUAUUAACGAGUGUCUCGCAAUAGUAAGAUUUUUGCAUUUUAAAUGUGGCAGUAAAACAGAUUAUACAGUAACCUUAAGUACGGAGUAGUUUGCAUCAAAUCAAAUAAUCAAAUGUUGGUCUAAUGAAUAAUGUAAGUUUUUGACCUCUAGUGACGAACGCAACAUUGUCAAAAAUCGAAAAAACCCGUGAAAAUCUCGGCUAGUCAAGUCUGCUAAAAAUCAGAACUACCGGAUUUGACGUUAGCUCUGGUGUAUAAAGUUACGUCGAUAAAUUUUGAAAGGACUUAAAUCGUAAAGAUAUAAUACUUUCCCGUAAAAUUUCAUCGACAUUCGUAAAAGCUGGUCUUUUACAAUUUACCAUGUAAUUUCACUAUUUUGCCUGAAUGCAAAAAUCGUACUCUCGCCAAAUGCUCGUAAUUAGCUUUUGGGAUGUAUAUUUCAAAAUAUCUUGUAACAAGCGUUGUGUGUUUUUAAGCUCUCUACUUUUUUUUAAAUUAUUACCAUAAAAUGGCGGAAUUACUCCCAAUCAAAAAAUCUAAAACAAAAGGUCUCUGCUUUAUUUUAAUUGAGCACCGUUACGCCGAGGAAAUAAUUAAUUAAUCUUUCUCUCCCGACCUUUGUAUGGGUCUCGAUGGAAGGGGGUAAAUUUUGUGAUUAUGACUACCUCUACAUAUUCCCUGAUAUAAUAAUAAAAAGUGAUAUAAUAAUUUAAAUUUUUAGCAUUCCAAUUUUAAUUGCAAUUGCCACCAAUUAAAUUUCGAACAGUUUUAUGGCGAGUCGAGUCUUAAGACCGAUCCCAUAUGACCGAUUCGUCAUUUCAUAACGAUAAAAAUUCGAGAUAUCUCGUAAGGUGGCAAUCGUAGUGACGAAUAUCCUCGUGAGAUUUCUAGUCUAUUAGUCAGUUUGAUUUUGAUAAAAUACUAACCCGAACAAUCGAAUAAGAAGAAUUAGAAGUAUACAGAAUGAGUCGUAAGGAGUGCAUUGAACUCCAGGAGUGUCUUCUACACGUAGACCGUCAGCUCAUAACAGAAAAUGAACACAAUGAUGUACAGCCACAAGCAAAAGAAAAAUAUAUAAAAUAACAUUCAUAACGAAUUAAUGCAUAGUUAAAAAUUAACAUUUGUUUUUAAAACACUAUUUAGAUUCAUUUAAAUAAAAGGCAAAACUGUUCAAUACACUAAAAAUUGAUUGACUGGCGGUUUUCUGGUGCACAAACUUAAACAAAAACAGUUUUUUUUUUACCAACUAAUAUUGGUUAUGUUAGAGUUUGUACACGAACCUCCUGCCAAUCAAUUUUUAAUGUAUUGAUGAACAGUUUUGCUUUUUAUCUAAAUGAAUCUAAAUAGUGUUUUAAAAACAAAUGUUAAUUUUUAACUAUGCAUUAAUUCGUUAUGAAUGUCAGACUGUAAAAAGUUUUCUCUGUGUUUUAAAAAAUGACAGACUGUAAAAAGUUUUCUCUGUGUUUUAAAAAUAAAUGUUAAUUUUGAACUAUGCAUUAAUUCGUUAUGAAUGUUAUUUUAUAAAUUUUUCUGUUGCUUGUGGCUGUAUAUAUGUCCUCUAUCAUUAGCAGACUGAUUUUUUUACAUUGUUUUCACGUGUAGAAGACACUUUUGGAGUUCGGUACAUUCCUCACGGCUCACCCUGUAUUUGGAGCGUGCCAUAAAUUCCGCCAGUCUUCAGUAUUGUUUUUUUUAAAUAUUAGGUUUUAAGCAGAAAUUGUCAAGUUUAUAUUUUUGAAAUAAAUGUUUUUAUUAAAUAA